ACCAUGUGUCAAACUGUCGUCUAUUAAAUUUGUUAAUAGCAAGAAGCUAAUUUUUUGAAAAAUUUAUACAAUAAUUACGAUUAUUGUGUUUAACGAUAUUAAAUAAUUCCAGACUAAAUCAAAGCGACAAAUCCCGUUGACAAAAUGGUCGUAACCGAAAGCGAAAAGAGUUCAGCAACACCAAAGGAAAACUCCCCUGCUCCUGCUGCACAGCCAACACCCGCUGCUGGAAGGCCAGAAGCCAAGGAGGAGAAUAACAAAGAAACUGAAGAAGUUCGCACAGAACAUUUGAUCAAACAUCCCCUGCAGAAUACCUGGACAUUGUGGUAUUUGGAAACGGAUCGUUCAAAAUCAUGGGAAGAUAUGCAAAACGAAAUUACCAGCUUCGAUACAGUAGAAGAUUUCUGGAGCCUAUACAACCACAUCAAACCUCCAUCUGAUAUUAAAAUGGGCAGCGAUUAUUCACUUUUCAAAAAGGGAAUCCGACCAAUGUGGGAAGAUGCUGCCAACAAACAAGGUGGUCGUUGGGUUAUAACAUUGACUCGUGGUCCCAAAGCUGAAUUGGAUAAUCUGUGGCUUGAUGUGAUUUUAUGCUUGAUUGGUGAAGCAUUCGAUCACUCAGAUCAAAUUUGUGGUGCCGUUGUUAAUGUCCGUCAAAAGGCAAACAAAAUUUCAAUUUGGACUGCCAAUGGCAACAAUGAAGAAGCCGCCAUUGAAAUUGGCCACAAGCUGAGAGAAUCUUUGCGUUUGGGCCGUCAACAUUUGCACUAUCAACUACAUAAGGAUACCAUGGUGAAAACGGGUUCAAAUGUUAAAUCCAUUUAUACUUUGUAAACUCAUC